AUGUCGGAGUCGACUAUCUUCUGUUCCCAACGCCAGACGCACGGCGGGCACGUCUGCCGCGAACCCGAGGACGCGGACGUGCUCCUCUGCGCACCCGAGCGCACGAAACUUGAGGUGGAGGAUGCGGGCUUUGUAGAUGUGUGCAUAGGGAGGAGGUACGCGCCGCCGGUGAGGAAGGGGAUGGGUGGUCCGCAGCCUGGACAUGAGAGGGUGCAACUCUCUGGCGUGGAUAAAGCGAACCUCGUUCGAUACCUCACGCAAGUCUUCGACGAGAAGCAGGGCGGACAGCAGGCGGAUCUGCACACCGCGAGUGGUUCGAUGAGAAUAAUCACGACAGUCGUGGGUCUCCGCCCUCUGCGCAAUGACGGCAAGGGCCAGUAUGAGCUCGACAGGCGGUGUAAGCAGGGGAGAGUGUUCAUCUCCGAUUUGGAAGGUACGGAUGACGAGGAUGGUGAGGAGCAGGGAGAGUAA